CGAAGACAGCCCGUUAUUUUCUCUUAAGUCUGAGACAAGAUGAAGCUCCUAACAGUAGUCGUGGCGCUUUGUGUGUCUUUCGUCUACUCAAAAGACGUUCUACAGAGAUUGAGAGUCACGGACUGCGGCACAGACCCAAACCGUUCUCUGUUUGUGAAUCGCUACAGUUUUUCCCCUGUCCCAUGGGACAUCACACAGCCGGGCACGCUAUCGUACGAUAUCUCCGUUAGAAAUGAGGUACCCAUUCGCACAAGACUCGACAUAACCUUCAGAACGAAUGUGCGCGGGCCAUGGGAAAACCUCGAACCAAGCAAGUUCGUUCGGUGGUGGGAGGCCUACAAGACCGGGUACACGUAUCCAUGCACCUAUCUGCUUUUCCACAACCUGAGAUGGGGAUGUCCCACCGUGUUAACGGAUGCUGGCUUAAGCUGCAUGUGCCCCAUUGAGGUAGACCGUUAUGUAUUGCCUCCAACCUCAGAAACACUUCCAGUUCCUUGGCAAGGAGUGUUCCUCAACUUCCCUGAUGGCGAUUAUUUUGCGGAGCUGAACCUGAAAGAUGAAGGAAAUGCUAAUAAAGAAGUCGGCUGCCUUCGUCUGGAAGCUUCCAUAAAAACCGGGAACCCUAUCCCCUCAAAUUGGUUUGACACAGAAUAGAGGACUUCAACUUUCAUUUCAAUAAUAUGUAGUGUUUAAGCAGUAAUAAUUAUUGAAUACAGCAAAAUAUCUGUAUAAGAAUGAAAUUUGAAGACAAGUAACUAUAUUCUAUUUGCCAUCGUAAAAUGUUCUAAAAUGUUGUGCGGAAAUGGCACUAUCGCGUCUUUGUCCAAAUAUUUAACAAAUAUACAUCUAUUACUGAAUCUGAGUGAAA